AUGGAUUUCAGAAAGCAGGACAUGGAAGCAGAUACUUUUAAGGAGGAAGACCAUAUGUCACAGCAGACUACUAUUGAUCUGGCAAGCAUGGUACCAUCUUCCAAUGUAGUAAUUGAUAAGGCCAUGCCUUCUUGUACCUCAGGUUGGGCUGAGAAUAUGAGUGAGUCCUCCAGCAAGAAGUGUCCACUUUUAUACAGCUCAGAAGCCAGUGCUAUGAACGGCAACAGUAAUGUCUCAGCAGAUAACUCGGACCACAGCCAAGCUUUUCAGCAUGCAAGAGGGUUAAAUUAUUUGCCCACCUCUGAUUUUUUCCCUCAAAAGUUGGCUUCCAGUGAACCCCAAGCUGGAAUUCAUGAUGGAAACGACACCUUGGAAAUGUUGACUCCUCCUCUGCUCCCUGCCUCAGACCCUGGAGUGAACCUUUGUGCUUCCACCUACAAAAACACAGAACAGACUCCAGAGCAGCAGGACCAGGUGAUGAGGCAGCAGAUGGAGCAUCUGCAAAGGCUGGUGGCUGAACAGCAGAAAAUCAUUGCACUUUACAACCCAGGCUUUUCUAUUUCUCACCUAGUAGCCACAAUACCACCCACUCUGUGCUGUCCAGCUACUUCCAUUCCUGUCCAGUUCCCAGCAGAAAGUUCUUCCCAAGUUGAGAGCCUGGAGCGCUUACAGACCUCUCUCUUGGCAAUGUGCUCUGCUCAGCAAAGCGGAUCCCAGCUGUUCAUGCCAAAUGAGAGCAGUUCAGAGAUCUCAGGAGAGCAUGUUCAGCUUUCAGAUUCAGAGAACAGUCAAUUAAAAGAAAGGAAUUUCCCUGAAACUUUUUCUGAUGUCAAAGAACAAAGAGAACAAGUAAAGGAGGAAAUUCCUCCGUCUCCUUUUGAUACAGAGGUAAAGAUGAAGACUGGAAACACAGAAGACAGGCCAAUCACACCGGCAAUUGGUAUUAAACAGAAUACUUCUGAAGAAUUUCUUGAAGAACAGCCUGAAGUAGGCAACUACCUCCUAGAAAAACAGCAGAAGGAGCAGCAGAGCAAGGCAAAAGUAACAAGUCGGAAGGCUUUUCUGAAACGGAAAGACGGUACGGCAAGGCUCAAAAAAAAUAAACAGAAACCUGUAAAAGAUGACAACAAGCAUUCUGGACGAGCUGGUUUGGAUUGCUGGGGUCAUUUGUCCCAGCCUGGCCAAGUGGAUGCAGGCAUACUGCAGCCAGGGGAAUACUCUCAGUUCAAUCUUCAGGUCAGUGGCUCCAUGAAGAUUGGUACACAUGAAAAAAAGGCAGACAAUGCUUCAGCUGAGUGGGAGCUAAAUUCUCGGACUGACUGUGAAGCAAAAGUAGUACAGCAAAGUUUAGAAGAAAAACAAGUGAUCAGGAGACAUGAAAACACAAAGAAAAAUCCCAUUGACUCACCACAGAGAAGGUGGCCUGAAAUUCUGCAACCACAUCCAGAAACAUUAAUAGAAAUGAACCUGCAAGUAGGCGAGGAAAAGGAAAAUCAUCAUAUGCAUUCUCUUGGGCAAAGAGGAAGAACUGAUGGAAGACCUGUGCAUGGUACCCUGAAAAAGAACCUAGGUAGGGUGGAUUUGCCUCUAAGGGGUCAUCGCACAGAAGGAGCAAAAAACCCCUUGGAGGUCCUGCAAAAGCAUUCUCUACUUCAGGAUUUAAAACCAGAUCACAUCAAGGAGUCAGAGUUGAGUGCAGACCCUGCUUUCACACAGGAUGAGAAGUGGGUUCAGGCAUGCACACAGGAACUUGUUCCAGGGAGCCAGAGCUCAGAAAACAAAAGACGAAUCCAUACUGGGUUUAAGAUGGUCAAUGAUAAGAUAGUAAAAAUUACACGUAGCUCACCUGAGGCUGUGGGGAAGGGAAGCUCAUCCUCAACCUUGCAGCAGGAGUGGCAAAGGAAGGGGACAGCUGCCUCAGCAUGGCAUGUUGCAUCUUCAUCUUGUGAAUCAAGCUGCUUAUCCUCCAACAGUGAUGAUGACUCCAAAUCUCACCAUGUGCAAUAUCCCUCUCAGAAUGGGCCUCAGGGAGUAGAUCACACUGGCAGACGUUUGGAUCUCUCUGAUGGUGAUUAUGCUAGUGAUGAGCCCAGUGGAACUAGAAUAAAGUAUGUUAAAAAGUACAGCAAGUCACCCCCAAGGAAACAAGAUAUUCAAGUGAUCUCAAGGCAAGAUUUCGCCUGCAGCACAAGCAGCAGUGAUUCCAGUACUGGGGCUACCAGGCUGAAAGAGAGCAAGGCUUGCUCUUCUCUUCAGCAGUCUUUAUAUUAUCCCACAAAAUUGAAAAGGAGAGAGCAUGAGCCUGAAUCAAAGAAUGAGAAUAGUGCCAGGGAUGUUAAAAGCCUACAUUUGCCACCCUCAACACUGUCUGGUGAGAUUCCUGCUUUCAAGAUUAAAGAAACCCCUGCAGUGGAGGAACCACAGAAAAAACUGUUCAGAGACAGAUUAGUUGUGUUUAUAGAAGAAACCCAGAACAUCAUUACCAGAGGAUUAGAGACUGGCAUAUAUCCUAGAGGAACCCCUCCAAUGACUAAGGUGAAGGAAGUACAAGAGAAAGCAACACAUUUGCACAGAACACAAAUGGACCAACUCAACAUUGAUCGGAGGCAGGAACUGACUCACCCUUUGGAAUACAACAGGGAUCAUAUUCACCCACCGCAGAAAGAAAACAUUGACCAUAGCAAGUUCAAAGGAGCAGCUAGUGUCGCUGAAGAAAAUGCAAAAUCAGAAGAAAUACAAAUAUUAAAACAGCAGAUUGCUGGAUUGCAGGAAGAAUUCAAGAGAAAUGAGUCCUGCUGGCAUGCUGCCUAUAACAAGCUGAGAGACCAGGUUGAGAUGCUGACCAGGCAGAACAUGGAGCUUCGAGAUGGGCUCAGAGUUUCAGAACAUCAGGGGCGGAAAGAAGAAAAACACCCAGCAGCUGUGAAUUUUAUGGACAGAAAAUCAGAGACCCCGACAAUAAAAGGCUCUGUGCAAAGGGAUGAUCCUUUGAGAUCGAUGACAAAGGAACAUCAGGAAAAGAAACCAUCUAACUGCUCUUUUGGCAGAAGCACAACACCAACUGGCAGGAAGACACCUCACCAAGGAAGACUGACACCUUUUGAACCAGAAAAACCUCCAAAAUCAAUACUAUCUAGAAGGUCAAUGCUACAUCAAGACAGAAGAAUAAGUGAAGAAGAGGUGCAGGAAAAAAUUGAGUAUCGUGAUGGAAAGGUAGAAGAGGUGCUUACUGAUGGACGUCGAAUCAUCACUUUCCGCAAUGGUACUAAAAAAGAGAUCAGUGCUGAUAAAAGAAUGACAACAAUUAGCUUUUUCAAUGGAGAUGUAAAGAAGAUCAUGCCAGAUCAAAGAGUGAUUUAUUAUUAUGCAGAUGCACAGACAACCCACACUGCUUAUCCAGAUGGCCUGGAGGUGCUGCAGUUCCCUAAUAAUCAGAUAGAAAAACGUUAUCCUGAUGGCACAAAAGAAAUUGUGUUCCCAGAUCGCACAGUGAAAUGCCUUUAUAACGAUGGAUUCAAGGAAACUUUUUUCCCAGAUGGUACAGUAGUAAAAGUAGAAAAGAAUGGAGAUAAAAUAGUGGUAUUCAGUAAUGGCCAAAAGGAGAUUCACACUGUACAGUUCAAGAGGCGGGAGUACCCAGAUGGCACUGUGAAAACUGUGUACUGCAAUGGCAGACAGGAAACCAAGUACCCCACUGGACGGGUUCAAAUCAAAGACGAGGAGGGUAAUAUCAUCCUAGAUAAGAAAUGA